GGAUAAAGCUGUGAUCAUGUCAAAGCUCCGGUCUCGCUAUGCAAUGCGAUGACACAAUUACCCCCAAGUAUCCUGUCCAGCUUAGUAAAACUCAAGUGGCCCCUUGGCAUCCUGGAGAACUCUGGACUAUGAAGCAAGCUGGACAAAGAUUAGUGUGCAAAUGAUGCAAGUCGUGCUCUGAAGCCAACUGAACAAAGCGCAUAAUCAGGUGUGCCAUGUGGUAGUGUGGGCUGCGAAGAAGGCUCAGUUUGCAGCUUGCAUGGCAUCCUCUAGGAGCCGACCAGCAGAGUUAUUUCAGAUGGUAAGGCCUCUUUUAAAGAAGCUGCUGCUUUUUUGGAGUUUUGGAGUAGCCCGGAGGCAACAAGAGCCCUGAAGAAGGUCCUGGGGAUGACCAGGACGUUGAGGGGUCCUGCGGUGACCAAACAAGCUCCCAACGGGAGCCAUGGUCGCUGGGCUCUGACACAGUCCAGCAGCAGGCUGCCCUGUCUCAGGAGUGGUCAGUUUCCAAAAUUUUAACCAAAGGAACAAAAGGAUUAAUUGUGAAUUAUUUAACCUAUUGGAACUAUUUGUUGUAUUGUCUGGAAAACGAAAAGGGAGUCUACUCCGGAAAUGGUUGCUGCCUUGCAUGGGAAUAAGCUGUUGGACAAAAUAAAGGGCUGGCUUUUGACAACGAGGACUGCUGCUGUUUCCAGACCUUCCAAUCCAGGCAGGUCUGGUGAAACGGUGAUGGCUUCACCCAAAACCUUUUGGAGAGUUCUCUGCAUGCUUAGAGUUGGCUGGUGUCUUCUUCCUCAGACUGGCUACCUGCACCCAGAUGAGUUUUUCCAGUCUCCAGAGGUCAUGGCAGGCAGCAUAUUGGACUUAAAGGUUUACCACCCCUGGGAAUUCCUCCCCAAGUCUCCUUGCAGGACUGUAGUGUUUCCCCUGAUCACAUCUGGAGCUGCUUUCUGGGCCAUCAAAGCCCUUCAGCACCUGGGCCUCUCGACCAGCUGCAUCACCAGCUACACCCUCCUCGUCUCACCCCGCCUCCUCCUCACCAUCUUUUCAUUCAUCCUUGACUACAGUGUUUACCAGCUGGCUCCUCUGUGGGGAGCGGAUCCGUGGAACUCACUGGCUCUGCUUGCUGGCUCCUACGUCACACUUGUGUUUUACACGAGGACUUUUGCUAACACUGUGGAAGGACUUCUCUUUGCCUUGCUGCUUCUACUAGUGUCUUCAAAAGCAGCCAGCGAAACCUCGGCCUCAGCCUGUCGGUGGCAGAAUCCUCUAAAUCACAAACUUAUCGGGAUGAUCAUAGUUGCUGGAUUUUUUAACAGGCCAACGUUUCUGGCAUUUGCUUUGGUGCCGCUGUUGCAUUGGGUAUGUGCAGGUGCUACAUGCCAGCAAAGCGUUAGAAGAACAAUACAGCAUGUUCUCUGUCUUGCCCCAAGUGCCGCCUUUACUGCUGUUUUCUUCAUAGCUGCUGACACCUGGUAUUUCACUUCUCCCCUGUCAGGACUUAGCCUGCACAGCUUUUAUGAGGCCAGCCCACUGAGCAUCCUUGCCAGGCUGCGCCAGAGUGUCGUUGUGACUCCCUUGAACUUCCUCACCUAUAACCUCAACCCUGAUAACCUGGCACAACACGGGACUCACCCGCAUCUUACACAUUUUGCCGUUAACGGGGUCCUGCUUUUUGGGAUCCUUCAUGUAGAAGCUGUUAGCAAUGGCAUCAAACUCCUGAAAGUGCACAUCAGCCAAUUUAUGUGGUUGAAGGCCUUGAAGAGGAGCUCACAUUCAGCCAUCACAUGCCCAGAAGGCAGGCUGGCACUGCUGGCUUUCUAUUUUAUCCCUCUGGCACUUCUUUCUUUAUUCAGCCAUCAAGAACCUCGCUUCCUCAUCCCUCUCAUCUUGCCUCUGGUCCUUUUGGCCACGCAGCAUAGACAGGCCCAGCAGUGGAAAUCCAUCAACCUUGUGUUCAAUCUCUGUGGUGCCCUUUUCUUUGGCUGCUUCCACCAGGGAGGCAUAGUCCCUUGCCUCUUCCACUUGGAGCAGCUCACCCAUUCCCCAGAGUCCCUGAGCCAUCGCACACACUACACACUACUCUUUGCUCGGACCUACAUGCCUCCCAGGUUUCUGCUUAAUGUUAACAAGAGCAACACGCUGGUGGAGCUGGUCGACAUGGCUGGGGCCGAGAAAAGCUUCCUUUGCCAGAUUCUGGGAUCCAUAGUGAAUGGUCCUGCCUGUCUCAAUAGAGAGCUGGGCAAGGAAAUGACUUGCCAGGUGCUGGUUAUCAUCCCAGGCACCGUCAGAACCAUAAUAGAGCAAUGUCCGUUACUGGUCAAGAAGGAGACAGUAAUAUUUCCACAUCUGACGAUGGAAGACCCACCACAAAUGUCCUUUCUCCUUAGUGAAAAGUGGAGAAGCCAGUUAGGACUACAUAUCCUGUAUCUGGAGAGAAAUCAAAAGAGCAUCUAGCAUCAAGGUGAGCUAAGCAAAGAAGCUAAAGAACAUUUGGCGCACAAACAUGCAGUCCACAACAACCCUCGUUAUUCUCAGCCCUAUAUAGACCAGGUGCAUUUUGUAGCUCCCAUUUGCUGGUAGAAAUCUCCCAAUACACCUCACCCACCAAACACUGUGUCACAGUCCUGUGUCACCCCAAGCAACCCAUUUCCUUUCUUCAACUUCCAAGUUGAAGGGCACUUGUGGCAACUGCCUUUGAAAGGUGCUCUUUGCGUUUGGAAGCCAGAAAGAGGCCCUUGCAAAAAGUUUGCUUUAUGCACCGCAGUUGCCACUGCCAAACUCCUCCUUUGUUAGUAAGGGACCAAAGGGCACAUGAUUGCAUCAGUAUUGAUGGCAUGGAACAUUAUCUGCUAGAAAAUGAAAGUGUCCAAAAUCAAGAUAUGUCGUAAGACUGUACUGAGGUGGGGAGCUGCUAUUUAGCACCCUCAGAUCCUGCAGAUGAAAUGCCUUGGGUCAGUCUCUGCCACAGCAACCCUCGUGGCUUCCUUCUGGAGCAACACAGCCACUCCCCCUGCAACAAUGUGCAAACACUUCUGGCAUCCUUUCUAACCCAGAUGGCAAUGUGAAUUCUCCACUAGAAGACACAGAAAUUGGCUGCCUCGGCUGGCAGAAGCCACAAGAGCAGCAAAUCCAGCCUCCAAGGAAUGCAUUGCCCACUGCUGCUGCUGCUGUGCUGGCAGUGACAGCUGCAGAGUGCUUUAGAUCUGCCCCCCUCCCCAGCAGCCUCUUGGGGAACAGAAAGCGCUUCUGGUCUCCUUCCACCCUUAUCCCUGACGUAAAACUCUGCCACCGUCUUCUUCCCAGGUGUGGGGGAAUUUUAUGGUUUGCCUCAGGUGACAAAAUGUAUUGCAGAUGAAGGUGAUGGACUAUAUGGAACUGGCGGAGAUGACUGGCAGAAUCCGAGACCAGGGAG